AUGAUAUUUAUUACACAAAUUCUCUUUCCACCACCGAAUCCACCCGAAUAUUCAUUAACAUCACACAAAAAUAAACUUUUCUGGCUGUCAGCUACUGAAGGAAAGUUGGCAGCAUCGCAAAUACCUUGUAUGCUCUAUUCACCAAUACGUGAAGCGAACUUUUUUAUCAUCUGGUGUCAUGGCAAAGGUGAUGACAGUGGUAGUAUUAGCAUGACUAUGAACGAAUUCAGUCAACGAAUUCAAGCACACGU